AUUUCCUUCGUUUUUUGAACUUUUUUAUCUCUUCCCAUAAACCAACUCCAAAAUCUCACCUUUACCAUCCUCAAAGUGGACUUUGAAUCCCUACCAACUUUUGUGGAUAAAUUUGACUUUUGAGGGAAUGUAAGAGGAGCACUGUUGGUGAGUAUUUCAAUUUUUAUGAAAAGGGAAUGGUCAUUUGGUUCGAAGAUGAUGGAGUUCAAUACUGGAUAUUCCCAUUCGAAUGAGAAACAUCCAUCGGAUUGUCGAAAAUCUGCUGAUAAAGGGAAAAGGCCUGCGGAAAAAGAUGCAAGCGCUUCUGCAUUUGUAAAUCAUGCUACAAUCGCUUGGCACGAGAACAGAAAAAGGUGGACAGGGGAUAAAUCGCAACAAUCACGAAAGAUUAGCAAGGAUCAAGUUAUAAGCUGGUCCACAACAUUCGAAGAGCUUCUCUCAACUAAUGAGCCAUUUUCCCAGCCAAUUCCUUUACCGGAAAUGGUAGAUUUUCUAGUUGAUAUUUGGCACAACGACGGGCUGUUCGAUUAGAUGAACUGAUGACGGACGAUGAUGUAGUAGCAUGGGAGACUGUUAGACAAGUAGAUGGAGUUCGUUUGUAAUAUUUAUUUUAGUUGGUCUUAAACAAAUUCUUAGGCAUGGAAAACCUCCAUUAUUCUUCAAGAUUGAGUGGCAAUUGCUGGCCUGGAUUUUGUUUGCUUCCUUAGACACAUGAAACACACAUUUUGAUUAUGUCACAUAGAUUCGGAUAUUUGUUUUACACGAGUAUGAAGAUUUUUUU